GGAGGUGAGUUGAAACAACUUUUUCCUUAGCGAAAAUGUCCGAGGCUUCGUUGAGGAGAUAUUAACGGAAAACACUGACCAAUCAGAACGGACGCCUAGUCGCUCCAACGGUAUAAGUGCGCUCUGAUUGGUCGGGGUUUUUUGUUAGUCUCGGACAACAUUUUCGCUAAGGAAAAAGUUGUUUCAAAUCACCUCUCGAACCACCCCUUUCAAGGUGUUACAACAUUUUUGGGACACUCUGUAUAUCUUAAAUAAUAAUAAAACUUUAGAUUAAUUAUGCAAUGUAAUAAAGAACCAUUUACAAAUCUACCUACAUAUAAAAUUUACUUCUAAAUUCGUAUUCAUUUUAUAGUACAUACAACAAAGAAACUCAAUUACGAAUAUUUAUAAUAACUAGGCAAAAUUACAUGUUUUAAAUACCAAUUACCGAUUGGAGGGAGAAAAAAGUAUAAUGCACGGUAAUUGGUUGUUACCCACAUAAAAGUGCCUGAUAGGUUCGUUUAUGUUCGUUUAACGAUCUUGACUUUUCGUGCCUUUCGUGAUCACGCUUCCCCUCGACCGGUACCACCAUCUUGUUUGUUUCAUCAAUAAAGAGUGUGAGACUUCGGAGACGAUUAAAAAUUGCUUUUAAAUUGUUUUUGUUUGUCUUGUGUACGUUAAACGGUAACAAAGAAUCGUUAACAUGUCCCACGGAGGUAGAAACGAAUGCAGAAUUUACGUGGGCAAUUUACCCCCUGAUAUUAGAACGAAAGAUAUUCAAGAUUUAUUCUACAAGUUCGGUAAAGUUAUCUUUGUUGAUUUAAAAAAUCGUAGAGGCCCACCGUUUGCUUUCGUCGAAUUCGACGAUCCAAGAGAUGCCGAGGAUGCGGUACACGCAAGGGAUGGAUAUGAUUACGAUGGUUAUAGAUUAAGGGUCGAGUUCCCAAGAGGUGGCGGUCCUAGUAAUAAUUUUCGUGGUGGACGAGGAGCGGGUGACAGUGGAAGGGGUGGUCGAGGUGAAAUGAGCAAUUCACGUGGUCGUGGGCCACCCGCAAGAAGAUCUCAGUAUAGAGUUCUCGUUACUGGUUUACCUCCAUCUGGUAGUUGGCAGGAUUUGAAGGAUCACAUGCGUGAAGCUGGUGAUGUUUGCUUCGCUGAUGUUUAUAAAGAUGGCACGGGAGUUGUUGAGUUCUUACGAUACGAAGACAUGAAAUAUGCUGUGAAGAAGUUAGAUGAUUCAAGAUUUAGGUCUCACGAGGGUGAAGUAGCCUAUAUUCGCGUGAAAGAAGAUCAUAGCAGUGGCGAUAGGGGCCGCAGUGAAGAUAGAGAGAGGGGUCGAAGUCAUUCGCGAAGUUAUAGCCCACGGCGUCGUGGUUCACCUACCUAUUCACCAUUACGACGUAAUUAUUCGCGAUCAAGAUCUCGCUCCAGAUCUCGUUCAUACGACUAGUGUGUACGUAUAUGUUUCACAUGGUAAUAUAAGUAAAGGCUUAUCAAUAUUUGCUUUA